AUGGCUAGAUCACUAACAAUAUUGGCUAUUUGUUAUUGCAAAAGUCCCAAAGAAAUUUUGGCCCAAGUCAACAAGGAUUCAUUUGGUAAUUCCAUCCUUUCAGUUCUCCAACUCUAAUUGGCCACUGGUGGACCCGUCGGAGAGAUCUAAAUCCUCUUAAAUAACAUUGCUUCUUAAUUGAAUGGAGAUUAAAAGAAGGCUGACAAAGUUCACGAAAGUGACACUGUUGCAUUUGAGAAGAUCAUUGCUGACUUAGAAUAAGAAAUUGCUUAUCAUUAAACCUAAAUUGUUGCCCUCUCUAACUUGAGAGAUUCAACAACUGAGGCCUUGGGUGAAGCUGAAGUUGAAGUCAGAGUUGUCACAUCCGAUAUUGCCAAUAACGAAAAAAGCUUUGCUGACGAAUCAGCCACCAGAUAAUCAUAACACGAUACAUGGGUUAGAAAAGAUGCAGAACAUGUUGAUUAAAUUGAUGCCAUCGAUGAAGCCUCAAAGAUUGUCCAACAUUUAUAAGCUGGUGUUGCCUUUGCUUAACUCAAGAGCAGAUUCGAAAAAGUCUAAGCCAAAUUGAUGGAAAGCAAGCAUGCUCUCUUCAAACCACUCAUCAAUGCCUUGACCUAAUUAGCCUCCAAGGUUGAUAACAAGAGCAUCAUCAAAAUCUUAGAACUCUUGGCCUAAAUCAGAUAAUAAUUGGUUGCCAGCAGAGCCUCCCUCCUCGCCACCGAAGAAAAAUAAGCUGCCAACUGGGAAGUCUAAAAGUGGUCACUUAUAAGAAGAACACAAGAGAUUAAAAACUCAAUUGUCUAAUUCAAGGUCACCAUCUAAGAAGCUGUUGAAGACUUAGAAGAUUAAACUUUAUUCCUUGAAGAUGCUGAAGAUUCAUUGGCUAUCCAAGAGAGAUGGGCUGCUGAAUAAGAAUCCCAAUAUGAAGCCUAAACCUUCGAAAGAGAAUAAUAAUUGGAAGUCGUCGAAAGAUUAUAAGAAGUCUUAACCUAAAAAUUAAGUGCAGCUUCAGAAUUCCUCCAAAUUAGAGAAGAAGUAUUUUGAUUUAUCAUAAUAAUCAAGAUUUAAAAUAUUAUUUCCCUAA